AGGAGCUCCAUGCAUGUCAUAAAAUGGGGUGACUACUGAGGAAGAUGGGGCCAGGAGGAAGUGGAAGUUUAACAGGUGCCUAAUUAUAAGUCCCACUGGCAAUCCUGCCUCACUCCCUGGAUAGGGAAGAGCUUGGGUGAUGGCUGGGUAGGCCAUUCUGUCACCCUGAUAAUUAGGGUUUUUGGGACUCCUCCCUGAGGCGGGGACCAGGCCCCAUCCCUUCCAUACAAAUAACUCUGGCUGCUCCCCAGCCGGGCACUCAUUGCACCUUCUUGCCAUCCUGGGCAGUGUCUGGGCCCUCAGCUCCCCCUCCUUCUACCCAUUCCCAGAAACGCACUACUACGGUCUGGCCCCGGCCCCACAGCCACCAGCCCAGGGAUACGCAGCCCAGGUGGAGGAAACACCGAGCCUAGAGACAUGGGAAUUCGAGGAGCAUUCCACCUUCUACUCGUGUGUUUGAGCCCAGCACUGUUGUCCUCUGUGCGGAUCAACGGGGAUGGCCAGGAGGUCCUGUACCUGGCAGAAGGUGACAAUGUGAGAUUGGGCUGCCCCUAUGUUUUAGACCCUGAGGAUUAUGGUCCCAGUGGGCUGGACAUUGAGUGGAUGCAGGUCAAUUCAGACCCCUCACCUCGGGAGAAUGUGUUCCUUAGUUACCAGGACAAGAGGAUCAACCAUGGCAACCUUCCCCACUUGCAGCAGAGGGUUCGCUUUGCAGCCUCAGACCCUAGUCAAUAUGAUGCCUCCAUAAACCUUAUGAACCUACAGGUAUCUGACACAGCCACUUAUGAGUGCCGGGUAAAGAAGACCACCAUGGCAACUCGGAAGGUCAUUGUCACCGUCCAAGCUCGGCCUGCAGUGCCCAUGUGCUGGACUGAGGGCCACAUGGCACAUGGCAAUGAUGUGGUGCUGAAGUGCUUUGCCAAUGGGGGCACCCCACCUCUUUCCUACAAGUGGGCCAAGAUCAGUGGGCACACCCACCCCUACCGUGCAGGAUCCUAUCAUUCCCAGCACAGUUUCUACUCUGAAAUGUCCUACCAGGAGUCCUUCCACAGCUCCAUAAAUCAAGUUUCAGGUCUAUUGAACAAUGGUGACCUGGUGUUGAAGGAUGUCUCCCGUGAGGACGACGGGCUGUACCAGUGCACAGUGGCCAACCAUGUGGGCUACAGUGUGUGUGUGGUGGAGGUGAAGGUGUCAGACUCCCGGCGUGUUGGUGUGAUCAUCGGAGCAGUGCUGGGCUCUUUACUCUUGCUGGGCUGUCUGCUGGUGGGCAUCUGGGGGCUCAUCUGCUGCUGCUGCGGGGGAGCUGGGGCCGGCUGUGCCCGUGGUACCUUCAGCUACAGCAACGGCGGCAGUGGAGGGGCCUGUGGAGACUUGGCUAAUGAGAUCAGAGAGGACGCCGUGGCACCUGGGUGCAAAGCCAGUGGGCACGGCAGCCGCAUCACCCACCUGCUGGGGUACCCAUCACAGACCGUCAGCCGCUCUCUGCGCCUCAAGUAUGUGCCUCCGCCCAGUGGCGGCCAGGAGGAUGUGGCCCUGGCUCUCCACACAGCUGCUGCUGCCUGCGAAGCGGGCCCUUCCCAGGUCUUUGUCAAAGUCACCAGCACCGAGCCCUCCAACUGCGCCCAGGGGUUGCUGCCAGGCAAGGACGGCCUGUUGGUGUGAGCUCGCGUGGCUGCUAGGCUGUGCUCCAGCCGGAAAAGGGUGCGGGCUCCCUGUGUCAUGGCGGGGGACAAUCUCAGGCUGCUCAGACCCCGCCUGCCCCAGACCACCUGGAGGCUGCAGUCUGAAGGCAUUUCCCUUGGGAAAUGAGUAGGGAGGCCGAGCCCUGUCCCCAGAGUAGGAGGGGGCAGGGUAGGCAGAGAACGUCUACCUGGAGCCCUCUCUGCAAAACCCGCCUCCCUGCCUCGCCCCAGGCUCCCGGAGAAGGAGGAAGUAUCUGAGAGAGACUGAGUCCGGAGGAGGCCUAGUAUCCACAGCCAAGGAAGAGGUCCCCAGGGCAGGGCGGGUAUG